AUGGAAGAGCCUCAGAAGAAGCUCAGUCAAAGGCACGAGGGGAGGCCCCGCAAGGUGAGGUUCAAGAUAUCCUCAGCCUACAGCGGCCGGGUGCUCAAACAAGUGUUUGAGGACGGCCAGGAGCUGGAGCCGCCCGCCAAGGAGAGCUCCCCGCGCCGCCUCCGCCACUGCUUCGAGCCGCAGGAUCCGCUCUGCGGGCUGGGGGCGGCCGCGGAGGCCGGGCUCUGCUCCCCGGCCAAGCUCACUGCCCAGAGCAUCAGUAUCUUCAAGGAGGACAAGAAGUACAAUCUGGCGGGCGCCUCGCGGCUCCUCAGCGACUGCYGCCCCAGCGAGAGUCCCUGCAGGGCCCCUCCGAUUCUAGAGUUCAGCAAGAUCAUCAUCUACACAAACAACCUGAAAAUCAUCCGGGCACCAAUGGACCAGAAAGAGCUGGUGAGAAGAAUCAUCCAGACUGAGGGAAUGAAUGACUGGGCCUUCAAGUGCCGGGAAAGCAGAGAGAGAGUUAGUGAUGGACACAGAAAAGACGUGGAAACGAAGGCGGCCUGCAGCCAGUACGUGCAGCGCGGAGCCGCUGAGCGCGCCUGCCCGCAGUGCCGAGGGUCGGGCUCGGCGCCCUGCUCGCUCUGCCACGGCAGCAAGUUCUCCACGCUGGCCAACAGGUUCAAGGAGUCGUACCGGGCGCUGCGCUGCCCCGCGUGCAACGAGAGCGGCCUGCAGCCCUGCCGCAUCUGCGCCGCCUGA